ACCGGCCUCAGCGCUCAGACCAUCCCCGGCUUGAGGUGGCAGUGAUGCUUGCAAGAAGUUGGAGAGAUGUGCCCAGGCACCUCCUGUCUGAAUAAAUAACGCAGGCUGCGUGGAACUGAGAUCACCUUUGGAUACUGCAGCUGAUCUGAAGGUGAUAUAAGAAAGUAUUUUCCUGUACUGCAGGCUCCUGGAAAGAGAGCUGCCUGCAAGGCCAACCCUGAAGAUGUGGACUGCCAUUGUAUUCUUCCUACUGAUCUCCUUCUGUAUAUGCGAAAACAGAUUUUCUGUCCUGAAAGCCAGAGGUGUGCAUGUAGUGCAAAUAAAUAGGCUCACAACUGAAAAGCAAUGCAGGCAGGCUUGUAAAGGCCCAGCUGCUUCAGAUAACCAUCAGUGCAACUGGUCUGUGUCCUACCAGAAUCAUUGUGUCCUCUUGCGGUGUGACCGGUUAAGUGUGUGCCAGAAUGCUGGAGAGCAAGACAUCAGAGAUCUGCUGGGAGAAGUUGUCUUCGGGGAAACUCUCCUGUUUCACCACCAAAGCUAUCAACAGGAAAAAAAGAGGUCAGUAAAUGCACAGGUUGAACAGCGCACCAGAGAAAACCUGUUUUUUUCAACCACUCAGGCUUACAGGAUACGCUUGAGGCAUCUGCUUGCUGCUGACUCAGCAAAUGCAGGAGCAACAACAGCUGUAAGCAACAGUACCACCACUGCAGUGACUGCCAGCACUACCACAGUCGUAUCGACUGGCACAAGCACGACUGUCCUCACUGCGACUUCUGAAACAGCUACCAAAGCUUCCAGUGCCUCUGGAAGUCUCCAGACUACAGCCAUGUCAUCCACUGUCUUUUAUCCCACUCCUGUUAAUGUUACUGCUUCCACUUCCAGCAACGUCACCAAGCUUCCAAUCGCAGCUGAAAACUUAGGAAAUAGUAGCUUUGGUUCAGUACUGCCUCCUUCUUCCACUUCUACUUCUCCCCUUGCUGCCACUUCUGAAGCAGGUACUCAAAUGAAUGAAACACAGCAGUUUAACCCAGCGAGCACUUCCCGCUCCAGUAUCCUCACUUCUGUUGGAGUUGGGCUGAAGACACCAAGCCCACCAUUAAACACCUCCACCCAGCAGGAUGCCCAGACCUCUGCUGCACUCAUCCCCUCUGUGAGUCCACAUUCUGUGAAGCCAACAACUGUAACGUUGCCACAAACAAGUAAAGCCUCGACAUCCUUGAGUGAAUCAUCUUCUUUUCAGGGUUCUACCAAAGGUGCCACAGUUUUAACUAUUGGCCCUACAUCAGCAGCUAUGACUGAGCAAGGAAUAAGGUCAACAUCUCCCGUUCCCUCCACUAAGCAUGCAACCACAGCUCCAGCAAACGCACCUGGUACAACAGCAUUGAGCACUGCAGAAACUCAGGGCACAAACAGUGAAUAUCUUCUCAUCGCUGCUGAGCCUCUGACUCAGUACUUAGUGGAUAAGAGUUUGCUUCUUGCAGUGCUUUUAUUUGGUACGUUUUUUUUAAUAACUGUUAUAGUUCUUUUUCUCAUGCAGGCUUAUGAAAGUUACAAAAAGAAAGAUUAUACGCAAGUGGAUUACCUGAUCAAUGGAAUGUAUGUGGACUCAGAGAUGUGAAAAGGCGGGGAUAAAGUAAUGGGUAAGAGAGAUGGAAAGGAGACUGAAAACCUACCCAAUUUUGUCUUUCCCAUUCGCCUAUAACACAAACUGAAAGUGCUUCCAAAGUUACUUCUGGUGCAAUUUAGGAGAAAUGCCAUGUACUGUAGUAAGAAAAAAAAAACAUAUAUAUAUAUAUAUUUUUUUUAUUCAACUGCAAGAGAUUGCUUUAAAAAUAGUCAUUCUUAAAACUUUCCCAUAAUGCACAAUGGUUUUGGCCAUUAUUUUUCAUUGCAAAGCUAACCUAUCAAGAGGUAAGACGACGUCCUCUGAAAAUGACGUGGUGCUUUUUACACUGUUAGAGCGCAAGUUCAUCAUGUUUCAUUGGCUUCGUGUGCUCCUCUCCGGAAAUGAAGCGAAGGAUGCUCCCAGCUCUUACAAAAUGCUCUGACAUCACUAGAUGAGAAGUGUGGAGUAUUGCUACAACAGGGAACUUCUAAUCCAAUGUCAUGUUUCGGUACGCUUCUUGCUUGUUAAGAGGUCUGUUUACAAGGCAUUGUAAACACUGUUCACUGCUAACCCAAGAUAUCUUUUCACCAUGAAGCAGAUUACUGUGCCUCUACAUUACAUGAUCUUAUUUUUGUAUUCAUUCAAUAAAUGGGGCCCUGGAAGGGCAUAUCUUGUUGCA